GGGCGGGUCUGGAAUCGGGGUUGGUGGAGCGAGUGUUGGGGAGCUGGAUAGCUUGCGGAGGCUGCGGCGGCUGCGGCAGCAUGGUGGGUCCGGAGAAGGAGCAGAGCUGGAUCCCUAAGAUCUUCAAGAAGAAGACGUGCACGACUUUCAUCGUUGACCUUACAGAUGCGGGAGGAACUUUGUGCCAGUGUGGGCGUCCCCGGAGCACCCACCCAUCAGUAGCUGUGGAGGAUGCCUUUGGGGCGGCCAUGGUGACUGUGUGGGACAGUGAUUUGCACACCACCGAGAAGCCCACCGAUGCCUAUGGGGACCUGGAUUUCUUGGGCGCGGGCCGCAAGCCCAGCAAUUUCCUCCGGCUCUCUGACCGCACGGAUCCAGCUGCAGUUUAUAAUCUGGUCACGCGGACGUGGGGCUUCCGGGCCCCAAACCUGGUGGUGUCAGUGUUGGGGGGAUCUGGGGGUCCCAUCCUCCAGACAUGGCUGCAGGACCUGCUGCGACGUGGGCUGGUGCGGGCUGCCCAGAGCACAGGGGCCUGGAUUGUCACCGGGGGGCUGCACAGAGGCAUUGGCCGGCAUGUUGGUGUGGCUGUGCGGGACCACCAAACGGCCAGCACCGGGGGCACCAAGGUGGUGGCCAUGGGCAUGGCCCCCUGGGGUGUGGUCCGGAAUAGAGAAACCCUCACCAACCCCAAGGGCUCCUUCCCCGCGAGGUACCCAUGGCGCGGUGAGCCCGAGGACAGGGUCCAGUUUCCGCUCGACUACAACUACUCGGCCUUCUUCCUGGUGGACGACGGCACCCACGGCCGCCUGGGCGGUGAGAACCGCUUCCGCUUGCGCUUUGAGUCCUACGUGGCCCAGCAGAAGACAGGCGUGGGAGGGACUGGAAUUGACAUCCCUGUGCUCCUCCUCUUGAUCGAUGGUGAUGAGAAGAUGUUGAAGCAAAUAGAGAAUGCCACUGAGGCUCAGCUCCCCUGCCUCCUGGUGGCUGGGUCUGGGGGAGCUGCAGAUUGCCUGGCGGAGAUCCUGGAAGACACUCUGGCUCCGGGGAGAGGAGGGAGCCUGCAAGGGGAAGCCCGGAGUCGGAUUAGGCGUUUCUUUCCCAAAGGUGACCCUGAGGUCCUGCAGGCCCAGGUGGAGAGGAUCAUGACCCGGAAGGAGCUGUUGACUGUCUAUUCAACUGAGGAUGGCCCUGAGGAGUUUGAGACCAUUGUUCUGAAGGCCCUUGUCAAGGCUUGUGGGAGCUCUGAAGCUUCAGCUUACCUGGACGAGUUGCGUUUGGCUGUGGCUUGGAACCGUGUGGACAUUGCGCAGAGUGAACUCUUCCGGGGGGACAUUGAAUGGCGGUCCAUCCACCUGGAAGCCUCCCUCAUGGAUGCCCUCCUGAACGACCGGCCCGAGUUCGUGCGCUUGCUUGUCUCCCAUGGCCUUAGCGUGGGCCACUUCCUGACCCCGAUGCGCCUGACCCAGCUUUACAGUGCAGCACCCCCCAACUCACUCAUCCGUAGCCUUUUGGACCAGGCAUCCCACCACUCAGGGACCAAGACCCCAGCCCUUAAACCCUCUGCAGAGCCCCGACCCCCUGACGUGGGGCAGGUGCUGCGGAUGCUGCUGGGGGAGACAUGUGCGCCAAGGUACAGCGCUGGGGGCGCCAGGGAUCCCUACCAGGGCCAAGGCUGCAGGGAGAGCUUGUGUCUGCUCUCAGAUAGGGCCGCCUCUGAUCUCGCGCUGGACGCUAUCCUUGGGCAGGCCCCCUGGAGUGACCUGCUCCUCUGGGCGCUGUUACUGAACAGGGCUCAGAUGGCCCUGUACUUCUGGGAGAUGGGCUCCAAUGCUGUGGCCUCAGCUCUUGGGGCCUGUAUGCUGCUCCGAGUGCUGGCACGCCUGGAGUCUGAAGCUGAGGAGGCAGCACGGAGGAAGGACCUGGCAGCCAAGUUUGAGGGUCUGGGUGUUGACCUUUUCGGUGAGUGCUACCGCAGCAGCGAGGAACGGGCUGCCCGCCUGCUACUCCGACGCUGCCCACUCUGGGGGGAUGCCACCUGCCUCCAGCUUGCCAUGCAGGCUGAUGCUCGUGCCUUCUUUGCCCAGGAUGGGGUACAGUCUCUGCUGACACAGAAGUGGUGGGGGGAGAUGGACAGCACCACUCCCAUCUGGGCCUUGGUUCUCACCUUCUUUUGCCCCCCACUCAUCUACACCAACCUCAUCACCUUCAGGAAGUCAGAAGAGGAGUCCAUCCAGAAGGACCUGGAAUUUGACGAGGAUCGGGGCAUCAAUGGAGAAGGCCCUGUUGGGCCGACGGAGCCCCCCGAGAAGACAGCUGUGCGGGUGCUGGGGCAGCGCAGGCCCAGGGGCUGCUGCAGGAGGUGCCCCCCGCGCCUACGCCGCUGGCCUCAGUUCUGGGGAGCGCCAGUGACCGCUUUCAUGGGCAACGUGGUCAGCUACCUCCUCUUCCUGCUGCUUUUCGCCCAUGUGCUGCUCAUGGACUUCCAGCCCAAGGCGCCCGGAGCCCUGGAGCUGCUGCUUUACUUCUGGGCCUUCACGCUGCUCUGCGAGGAGUUCCGGCAGGGUCUGGGUGGCGGCUGGGGCAGCCUGACCACCCGGGGGCCCGGGCCUAGCCCCCAGCACACCCCGCUGCGCCGCCGCCUCAGCCUCUACCUCUCAGACACCUGGAACCAGUGCGACCUGGUGGCCCUCGCCUGCUUCCUCCUGGGCGUGGGCUGCCGGCUGACCCCUGGCCUGUUUGACCUGGGCCGCACCGUCCUCUGCCUCGACUUCAUGGUCUUCACGCUACGUCUGCUGCACAUCUUCACAGUCAACAAACAGCUGGGGCCCAAGAUCGUCAUCGUGAACAAGAUGAUGAAGGACGUGUUCUUCUUCCUCUUCUUCCUCGGCGUGUGGCUGGUUGCCUACGGGGUGGCCACGGAGGGGCUCCUUAGGCCCCGGGAUCGUGACCUCCCGAAUGUCCUGCGCCGCGUCUUCUACCGGCCCUACCUGCAGAUCUUUGGGCAGAUCCCCCAGGAGGACAUGGAUGUGGCCCUCAUGGAGCAUGCCAACUGCUCAGCAGAGCAGGGCUUCUGGGCACGGCCGGCGGGGGUCCUGGCAGGCUCGUGUAUCUCGCUCUAUGCCAACUGGCUGGUGGUUCUCCUCCUCAUCAUUUUCCUGCUCGUGGCCAACAUCCUGCUGCUCAAUUUGCUCAUCGCCAUGUUCAGCUACACCUUCGGCAAAGUACAGGGAAACAGUGACCUCUACUGGAAGGCACAGCGCUACAGCCUCAUCCGGGAAUUUCACUCUCGGCCUGCACUGGCCCCGCCCCUUAUCAUCAUCUCGCACGUGCGCCUCCUCAUCCGGCAACUACGCAGGCGCCGGUCCCGCUUGCCGCCCUCCCCUGUCUUCGAACAUUUUCGGGUCUACCUCACGAAGGAAGCAGAGCGGAGGUUGCUGACCUGGGAAUCGGUGCAGAAGGAGAAUUUCCUGCUGGCGCGCGCGCGGGACAAGCGGGAGAGCGACUCGGAACGCCUGAAGCGCACCUCGCAAAAGGUGGACACAGCCCUGAAGCAGUUAAGACAGAUCCGCGAGUAUGAGCAGCGUCUGAAAGGGCUGGAGCAGGAGGUCCAGCACUGUAGCCAGGUCCUAGGCUGGGUGGCCGACGCCCUGAGCCGCUCAGCGCUGCUGCCCCCAGGGGGCCCGCCGCCUCCAGCCCCGUCUGGGCCCAAAGACUGAGCCCUGCUGGCGGUCUUCACGGAGUAGCCCCCAUAGGGAGAUUUUGCUCCCAAAGUCCUUGCAGGUCCUUGGCCCUUGCACCUCGUGGCCUUGUCUUUCACAUGGGCCCCAUGCUCAUGGAGGACACCUGGGCCGCCAACAGGACCACUUCAUGGAGUGUCGUCCAUGCGAACCACUUGCAGGCCCAUCCCCUCCCCCCCGGUAACCAGUCCCCACUCUGGGAGGAUCAGCCUCUGGAGCCGGAUUUGCCCUUCUGAGGGCCUUGCCACAGCCCGCUGGGCGGGAGAAGGCUGCAGAGUUCCCGGAUAUAGGGAUCACAGAUCCCACUUGCAGCUCCCCACACUGGGGAAAUAAAGCCAUUUGAGAGGAAUGGA